UAGGGGCUGGCUAGCCGCCAUCUUGCUUCUUUUUCUCGCUCGCUCUCUACCUUUCGGGCGGCAGCGAAAGUGCUUUCGCGGUUUGUCCAUCCGCAGCUGCGGCUCUGCCAGUUCUGUAGUCCUUCGGCCACUCCUUGCGCUUAGCCUCCCCCACCCCUCCCCUGGGUCAGGGGUCGCGGGGACCCUGGAAGUGCGCACACACACUCGGCUUGACACCCUGGCCGACUGGUUUUAAGGAGCGUGGCAGGAGGUUUCAGACUCGAUGAGUUUCCACCGAAAUGUCGGAGAAGUCAGGCCAGAGCACAAAAGCAAAGGAUGGGAAAAAGUAUGCGACUCUCAGUUUAUUUAAUACUUACAAGGGCAAAUCACUAGAAACUCAGAAAACCACAGUUGCAGCUCGACAUGGAUUACAGAGUCUUGGAAAAGUUGGUAUUUCACGGCGCAUGCCUCCGCCCGCUAACCUCCCAAGUCUCAAAGCGGAAAACAAAGGCAAUGAUCCUAAUGUGAACAUUGUACCUAAAGAUGGCACAGGAUGGGCGUCAAAACAAGAGCAGCAUGAAGAAGAAAAAACACCAGAAGUUCCACCAGCACAGCCAAAACCUGGGGUUGCAGCUCCCCCAGAAGUAGCACCUGCUCCAAAAUCAUGGGCCAGUAACAAGCAAGGUGGGCAAGGAGAUGGAAUCCAGGUGAAUAGUCAUUUUCAGCAAGAAUUUCCCAGCCUGCAGGCAGCUGGGGAUCAGGAAAAAAAAGAAAAAGAAGCAAACGAUGACAACUACGGCCCUGGACCCAGUUUACGCCCACCAAAUGUUGCUUGUUGGAGAGACGGUGGUAAGUCUGCUGGCUCAUCCUCAACAUCUGACCAAGAUGAAAAGCUCCCUGGCCAGGAAGAAAGCACAGCCGGGUCAUCAGAGCAAAAUGACAUCCUCAAAGUGGUGGAAAAGAGGAUAGCCUGUGGUCCUCCGCAGGCGAAGCUGAACGGGCAGCAGCCUGCCCUCGCUGCCCAGUACCGAGCCAUGAUGCCUCCUUACAUGUUUCAGCAGUAUCCAAGGAUGGCGUAUCCCCCUCUUCAUGGUCCCCUGCGGUUCCCACCUUCUCUGUCUGAAACAAACAAAGGCCUUCGAGGAAGAGGUCCCCCUCCCUCCUGGGCCUCUGAGCCUGAGCGCCCCUCCAUCCUUAGUGCGUCCGAAUUGAAGGAGCUGGAUAAAUUUGAUAACCUAGAUGCUGAAGCUGAUGAAGGUUGGGCAGGUGCCCAGAUGGAAGUGGACUAUACGGAGCAGCUGAAUUUCAGCGACGACGAUGAGCAGGGUAGCAGCAGCCCGAAGGAGAACAGCAGUGAGGAUCAAGGUUCAAAAGCCUCUGAGAACACUGAACCCCGAAAAGAAGCAGAUGAAGUGUGCAACACCAAAUCAGCGUCUCAGACACCUGCCCAGCCAUCAGCAGCAAAGGGCCCUUACAGCAAAGGACCGCCAUUUAAUCAGGAACGUGGACCAUCUUCUCAUCUGCCACCACCUCCAAAGUUGCUUGCACAGCAGCACCCUCCCGCGGACCGCCAGGCAGCACCUGGGAGACCAGGCCCGUUCCCCGCCAAGCAGCAAGUGCCAGAUGAAGACGAAAUAUGGAAGCAAAGGAGACGGCAGCAGUCGGAACUCUCUGCCGCGGUGGAGCGUGCCCGUAAGCGGCGCGAAGAGGAGGAGCGGAGGAUGGAAGAGCAGAGGAAGGCGGCCUGCGCUGAGAAACUGAAGCGGCUGGACGAGAAGCUGGGCCUCGUGGACAGACAGCCAGCUCCAGAGGAGAUCAGAGAGAGAGAGCGGGAAAAGGAGCGGGAGCGGGAGAAAGAACUGGAAAAAGAACAAGAACGGGAGCGAGAGAAGGAGAGGGAAAGGCAACAGGAGAAAGAGAGAGAACUGGAGAGAGAGCAGGAAAAACAGAGAGAAAUGGAGAAGGAAAGGAAACAAGAAAAAGAGAAAGAAUUAGAACGGCAGCAGGAAAAGCAAAAAGAACUAGAACUGCAGAAAACGAAAGAGCAAGAGAAGGAAUGGGAGUCGGAGAAGAAAGAAAGGGAAAAAGUGGAGGAGAAAGUCGAGCACAAAGAACCUGCCUUAGAGCCUGUGGUAGAAAAACCAGAAAGUGAGAACAACUGUAACAAAGAGGGCGACUCGGUUUUCACUAGACAAGACAGCAAUCGCAGUGAAAAAGAGACCACGCAAGCGGCACAUGAAACGGAGCCUGAAUCAGGUUCCCAGCCCCGGCCUGCUGUUCUCUCUGGUUAUUUCAAACAAUUUCAGAAGUCUUUACCACCACGCUUCCAGCGGCAGCAGGAACAGAUGAAACAGCAGCAGUGGCAGCAGCAGCAGCAGCAGCAGCAGCAGCAGCAAGGUGUCCUUCCCCAGGCGGUUCCUUCCCAGCCGUCUGGGGCUGCCGUCCCGCCUCCACCACACCGCCCUCUGUACCAGCCCAUGCAGCCCCACCCUCAGCACUUGGCGUCCAUGGGCUUUGACCCGAGGUGGCUCAUGAUGCAGUCCUACAUGGAUCCCCGGAUGAUGUCAGGUAGACCUGCUAUGGACAUUCCUCCCAUUCAUCCUGGAAUGAUUCCUCCUAAGCCACUGAUGAGAAGAGACCAGAUGGAAGGGUCUCCCAGCAGUUCUGAGUCAUUCGAGCACAUGGCUCGGUCGGCAAGAGACCACGCAGUUCCCCUGCCUGAGCCUCGGGUGGUGUGGGGGUCAGAGCCCUGCCCACGUGCAGAGCCGCAGCAGGCCCCGGCCGCCGAGGCCGCGGGAGAGCCCGAGACAGGGAGGCCUGAAGCCCCAUUGGAUCAGGAACCGGUAACUGCUGCUUAUCCUGUAGAACAUAGUCAUUUAGAGGCACAUCCGAAGGUGGACUUUAUUCGAGAAUCUGGUGAGGCCGAAGUACAGAAGUUUUUAAGCAGAUCUGUGGAAGACGUUCGACCUCACCACGCUGACACAAAUAGCCAGCCAUCUUGUUUUGAUGCACCUGAUCAAAAGACUGUCUCCGCUCCUCAAGAAGAGCGAAUCUCAGUUGGAGAAAGUCAGCCUGCCCGGAAAAGAAGUGUCUCCCAUGGAUCUAACCAUGCUCAGAAAUCAGAGGAGCAGAGACACGAGCCGUCUGCAAGCAUUCCCAAGGUCACCAGCCGGUGCAUUGACUCAAAAGAACAAGCAGAAAGGUCAGAGGACAAACCGAAAAAGGAUGGCUUUAUACGAUCUUCUGAAGGACCAAAACCAGAAAAGCUGUAUAAACCUAAAUCGGAAACUCGCUGGGGCCCAAGGCCAAGCUCCAACAGGAGAGAAGACGGUAACGAUAGGCCUGUGAGAAGGUCGGGUCCCAUUAAAAAACCUGUGCUAAGAGAUAUGAAGGAGGAACGAGAGCAGAGGAAGGAGAAGGAAGGAGAAAAGGGAGAAAAGCCCACUGAGAAGGUUGUGAAACUGGAAAAAACAGAAAAGAAAGAUCCUCUUCCUCCGCCCCCACCCCCUGCAGCACCCAUUCAGCCCCAGUCCACUCCACCACCUCCUCCCCCAGAACCGGAGAAGCUGCCUUCAGCAGAACCGCCCGUGUUGGUGCAGAAGCCGCCUCAGGAGACAGAGAAGCCCUCGGAGCGUGGAAGCAGUGCAGAGCUGGAGCCCGCGGCCAAAACUGUAAGUCAGACUGUCACCGCACCGGCCAUCAAAGAGGAGAAGCCGCCUGAGAAAGUUGUCGGCAAAGACCUUGUCACGGAGAGGCCUCGACCAGAUUCGAGACCAACCAUUAAAAAAGAGUCAGCUUUACCUCCCAGGACCUAUUGGAAAGAAGCCAGAGACAGGGACUGGUUCCCAGACCAAGGAUACAGAGGCCGUGGCCGAGGAGAGUAUUACUCCCGAGGCCGGAGCUAUCGAGGCUCCUACGGGGGGCGGGGCCGUGGCGGGCGCGGGCACACACGCGACUACCCACAGUACAGGGACAGCAAGCCCCGCGUGGAGCCUGUGCCCUCGGGGCCGCUGCGGCAGCGGGAGGAAAGUGAGACCCGCAGCGAGAGCUCUGAUUUUGAAGUCGUUCCCAAAAGAAGGCGACAGCGAGGUUCCGAGACUGACACUGACAGUGAAAUUCAUGAAAGUGCAAGUGACAAGGACAGUUUAAGCAAAGGAAAGCUUCCCAAAAGAGAGGAGCGGUCUGAGAACAAAAAACCUGGAAAGCCUCAGCCAUCCUUCAAGCCCGAAAGUCACGUCCGAGUAGAUAACAGGCCUCUGGACAAACCGUACAUAAGGGACGAUGAUAAAUCUAAACCAGGCUUCCUUCCUAAAGGAGAGCCCACCAGGAGAGGCAGGGGGGGCACGUUCAGACGUGGAGGGAGGGACCCUGGGGGCCGCCCCUCACGCCCUUCCACACUGCGCAGACCCGCCUAUCGGGACAAUCAGUGGAACCCGAGGCAAGUAGAAGCUCCUAAACCAGAUGACGGAGAGCCACCAAGGAGACAGGAGCAGUUUAUUCCUGUGCCAGCUGAUAAACGACCUCCCAAGUUUGAGCGAAAAUUUGACCCAACUAGAGAGAGGCCCCGAAGACAGCGUCCUACCCGACCACCCAGGCAAGACAAGCCACCUCGGUUUAGACGGCUCAGAGAACGGGAGGCGGCCUCCAAGACCAACGAGGUUGCAUUGCCUGCCAACGGCACAGUGAGCGCUGUGGCUCAGGAGCCAGUUACUGCUGCUGGGGAUGUUCCUGGGAAUAAGACACCAGAUUUAUCCAAUCAGAACUCUUCAGAUCAGGCGAAUGAAGAGUGGGAAACAGCCUCGGAAAGCAGCGAUUUCAAUGAGCGACGGGAGAGGGAUGAGAAAAAAAAUGCUGACUUGAAUGCACAGGCUGUUGUGAAAGCUGGAGAGAAUGUUUCAGCCCCAAAAAGAGAAAUAGCAAAGAGAAGUUUUUCUAGUCAGAGACCUGGCGUGGACCGCCAGAAUAGGCGUGGCAACGGUGGCCCACCCAAGUCUGGAAGGAAUUUCUCAGGUCCUAGGAAUGAAAGGAGAAGUGGCCCUCCGUCCAAAAGCGGGAAGCGCGGGCCAUUUGAUGACCAGGCUGCAGGCACCCCUGGCGUCGACCCUGUCGGUGGCAGCUCUGCACACCACCAGGAAGGCGCGCCUAAUGGUACCGGACAGAAGACCGCCAGAGAGUCCACGGGGAAGAAAAGAGAAGACCCCAAGCCGGGCCCCAAGAAACCCAAAGAGAAAGUAGACGCCCUGUCACAGUUCGAUCUCAACAAUUAUGCAAGUGUGGUUAUAAUUGAUGACCAUCCUGAAGUAACAGUAGUUGAAGACCCGCAGUCAAAUUUGAAUGAUGACGGUUUUACUGAAGUUGUGUCCAAAAAACAGCAAAAACGGUUACAGGACGAGGAACGCCGGAAGAAGGAAGAACAAGUUAUACAGGUCUGGAACAAAAAAAAUGCCAAUGAAAAAGGAAGAAGUCAGACUUCCAAGCUUCCCCCAAGAUUUGCCAAAAAACAGGCAACAGGGACCCAGCAAGCACAGUCUCCAGGUCCAGCCUCAGGUCCAGCUUCGUCCUCGGCCUCGGGUCCACUUCCAGCCUCGGCCUCUCCCUCACCCUGUGCUCCAGUUCCAGCCUCGGCCUCGGCCUCGGCCUCGGCCACGGCCCCGGCCCCGGGCCUGCCCUCGGCCUCCGCUCCACUCCCGGCUGCGGCCCCAACCCCUGUGCCAGCCGCCACCUCUUCAGUUCCAGCCCCCAGCCCAAUGCUCGCCUCGGCCUCGGCCCCGGCCCCUGUCCCCAUCCUUGCCUCAGCCUCCAUUCCCAUUCUGGCUUCAGCCCUGCCGCCAACCUCAGCUCCACCUCCGGCCAGCGCAGCCCCAGUGGCCCCAGCCAGCACAACCCCGAUCCCAGCCCCGACCUCACUCCCAGCGCCGACCCCCGUGCCAGCCCCAGCCCUCGUCACUGUCACCAUCCCAGGCCCCGGCCCUUCCACCCCACCCCAGACUCAGGGACAGACUCACAAGCCAGUCCCGAGUCCCCUGCAGAGUGCAACCCAGCCUUCAAAACAGCCACCCCCUUCCAUCAGACUACCUUCAGCUCAGACUCCCAACGGCACCGAUUAUGUAGCCCCAGGAAAGGCCAUCCAGACCUCACAGCCGCAUGGCCCUCUUCCCACCGAGCUGUGGGACAACAAGGUGGCCCCCCCAGCGGUGCUGAGUGACGUCUCUAAGAAACUAGGGCCCAUCAGUCCACCACAGCCUCCUUCAGUCAGUGCCUGGAACAAGCCUCUAACGUCGUUUGGAUCGCCUACUUCCUCAGAGAGAACAAAGAAUGGUCAAGAAAGUGGAGUUGAAAUUGGGAUUGACACAAUUCAGUUUGGUGCUCCAGCUUCGAACGGGAACGAAAAUGAAAUUGUUCCUGUGCUUUCGGAAAAAACUACUGAUAAAAUACCUGAACCUAAAGAGCAGCGGCAGAAGCAGCCACGGGCAGGCCCCAUCAAAGCCCAGAAGCUUCCAGACUUGAGUCCAGUUGAAAACAAAGAACAUAAGCCUGGUCCUAUUGGAAAAGAACGGUCACUAAAAAAUAGAAAAGUAAAAGACGCCCAACAGGUGGAGCCAGAAGGACAAGAGAAACCGAGCCCGGCCGCAGUCAGAAGCGCAGAUCCUGUGGCGGCAAAGGAAACCAAAGCAGCUUCAGAAAUGUCCACAGAGAUCGGCCCGAUGAUCUCCGUGUCAUCUGCAGAGUAUGCCUCUAACGUGAAGGAGUCUGUAACAGACUAUACCACACCUUCUUCUUCUCUGCCUAACACUGUGGCUACUAAUAAUGCAAAGAUGGAAGAUACUUUGGUCAAUAAUGUGCCCCUGCCCAGCGCCCUUCCCCUCCCCAAGAGGGAGACUGCGCAGCAGAGCGCCAGCCUAACUCCAGGUCCUCCCACGACGUUCAGCCUCACCUUCAAGAUGGAGUCUGCCCGGAAAGCGUGGGAGAAUUCUCCAAAUGUGCGGGAAAAGGGGUCUCCAGUAACUUCCGCAGCCCCGCCAGCUGCCAGUGGGGGUGGCAGCGGUGCCGGCGGGCCGGGCGGUGCGAAUUACAGCUCCUUCUCCAGCGCGUCCGUGCCGCAGAUCCCCGUCGCCUCGGUCACCCCCACCGCCUCGCUGUCAGGAGCUGGUACAUACACUACCUCUUCUCUGAGCACAAAAUCUACAACCACGUCAGACCCCCCUAACAUCUGCAAAGUGAAGCCCCAGCAGUUGCAGACGAGCAGCCUGCCGUCCGCCAGCCACUUCUCACAGCUGAGCUGCGUGCCCUCCCUCAUCGCCCAGCAGCAGCAGAGCCCACAGGUCUACGUCUCCCAGUCUGCCGCCGCUCAGAUCCCAGCUUUCUACAUGGACACCAGUCACCUGUUCAACACCCAGCACGCACGGCUGGCCCCGCCGUCACUGGCCCAGCAGCAGGGCUUCCAGCCCGGCCUGUCUCAGCCGGCCUCCGUGCAGCAGAUCCCGAUCCCCAUCUACGCGCCGCUGCAAGGGCAGCACCAGGCCCAGCUGAGUUUGGGUGCUGCGCCCGCCGUUUCCCAGGCACAGGAAUUAUUCAGCUCUUCCCUUCAGCCGUACAGGUCUCAGCCAGCCUUCAUGCAGAGCAGCCUGUCGCAGCCGUCCGUGGUCCUUUCUGGCACUGCCAUUCACAACUUCCCAGCCGUCCAGCACCAGGAGCUCGCCAAGGCACAGUCGGGCCUUGCCUUUCAGCAGACUUCCAGCACCCAGCCUAUUCCCAUACUGUACGAGCAUCAGCUGGGCCAGGCGUCGGGGCUGGGGGGCUCGCAGCUGAUCGACACGCACCUCCUGCAGGCGAGAGCAAAUCUUACCCAGGCUUCAAAUCUUUAUUCUGGACAAGUACAGCAGCCUGGCCAGACAAGCUUUUACAACACUGCCCAGUCACCGAGUACUCUCCAGCAGGUAAACUACGGCAUGGUGACCGUGCCUUUGCCAGCGUCCCAGCUCUCCCUGCCUAACUUCGGGUCCGCCGGGCAGCCUUUGAUCGCUCUGCCUCAGACUCUGCAGCCCCCAUUGCAGCACGGCGCUCCCCAGGCCCAGGCCCAGAGCCUGAGCCGCCCUGCGCAGGUCAGCCAGCCUUUCCGGGGGCUGAUCCCUGCUGGAGCCCAGCACAGCAUGAUGGCAGCCACAGGGAAAAUGUCUGAAAUGGAACUAAAGGCCUUUGGAAGUGGCAUUGAUAUAAAACCAGGCACACCUCCAAUCAGCGGAAGAAGCACCACACCCACCUCUAGUCCCUUCCGGGCCACUUCCACAAGUCCGAACAGCCAGUCCAGCAAAAUGAGCAGCAUUGUCUAUCAGAAGCAGUUCCAGGCAGCCCCCGCCACUGUGAGAAUGACCCAGCCGUUUCCUGCACAGUUUGCACCCCAGAUUCUCUCUCAGCCUAACCUGGUCCCUCCAUUGGUAAGAGCCCCACAUACUAACACCUUCCCAGCGCCCGUUCAGAGGCCACCAAUGGCACUGGCCAGUCAGAUGCCUCCUCCGCUGACCACAGGCCUCAUGAGCCAUGCUCGUGUGCCACAUGUAGCCAGGGGUCCUUGUGGAUCGCUGGCUGGAGCCAGAGGCACUCAGGCCCAGGCCGCGCUGAAGGCUGAACAAGACAUGAAGGCAAAGCAGAGAGCAGAGGUUCUUCAGUCCACGCAGCGCUUCUUCUCUGAACAACAGCAGAGCAAACAGAUAGGCGGCAAGGCCCCGAAGGUGGACGGCGAUGCGGGCAAACCUCCGGAAACACUGGCCGAGGCCCCUGGUGUCUGUCAGGAAAAAGUCGAAGAAAAGCCCCCUCCUGCACCCACCAUGGCCACCAAGCCUGUUCGAACUGGACCCAUCAAACCUCAGGCCAUCAAAACCGAAGAAACAAAAUCUUAAAAGGCUGUGGUUUAUGGCAGGGCCUGGGGGAGGGGCAAGGGGGAGGAGGAAGGACGCGGUCAGGCAGUGCCAGCAGCCAAAGGGGUAAAGGCCGUGACAUGAUCCUGUCCGGAGCUCGGAGGCACACGGGGGGCACAGGAGCCGUUCACCCUGACACAAGCCGCACCCACCACACAACACGCACCCUGUUGGUUGCCAUGCAUCUGAAUUUACAUGCAGACACGCACACAGUCCUGGAGUGCACACCCUUUAGAACUAAAUCAUCAUGGUUAGAUGGGACACCGGGAACAAGAGGAGAGGAGCACUGCCGAGGAGUAGCCCAGCCUGUCAGCGAGGCGGGCCCAGCCGGCGGCGCAGCCGCUCCCUGCAGUCCUUCAGCUGCAGUCUGGGCAUCGGCGGGCCCCGGG